GGGUUACGGUUGGGUGCUGGCCUCAGAUUUUCACUUCAUCACAUAGUCGGGCGGUUGUGGAUGGGUUAUUAGCAAUUGCGGGCGGGUGAACAAGUGCAAAAACUGCAUUCUUAACAUCCCUCUUUUCCAACCGUUUAUCCUUACAGAGUGACCACAGUGUUCACAUGAACACGUUGCUGGAGAACAACCAGAGAAGAUAUUGUCACUGCCUUUCCUGUGGGAUAUGAAUGACAGCUUGGGAAUGUCACCUGAGAUCAUGAUGUUUCACCAAAUGAUGGAACAAGCCCAGAACGCCAGCUGUGAAGAACUCGCCCACAUCUGCAAUAAGAGUGCAAGUAGAGACUCACUACAGCUGCCCACCUUCUCCACAGCAGCCAAAGUCCGAGUGAUCAUUACUUUUACUCUGUGUACCAUGUCAGCUGUCUGUAACCUAGCUGUGCUGUGGGCUGCCAAUACUAACGGCAAGCGCAAGUCCCACGUUAGGAUAUUAAUAAUUAACCUGACUGUGGCAGACCUGCUGGUGACUUUCAUAGUCAUGCCUGUUGAUGCUGUCUGGAAUAUCACAGUUCAGUGGCAGGCAGGAGACGUCGCCUGUAGGCUACUGAUGUUCAUGAAACUUGUUGCCAUGUACUCCUGUGCUUUUGUCACAGUGGUCAUUAGCUUGGACCGCCAGUCUGCUAUCCUCAACCCACUGGCCAUCAAUGAGGCCAAGAAGAGAAGCAAGAUCAUGUUGUCUGUGGCGUGGGCGAUGAGUGUGAUUCUGUCUGUUCCUCAGAUGCUGAUAUUCCACAGCGUGACCAUCACAGUCCCAGAAAAGUUUACCCAGUGCACUACCCGUGGGAGCUUUGUCCAACACUGGCAGGAAACCAUGUAUAACAUGUUCACCUUUGCCUGUCUAUUCCUGCUGCCGCUGAUCAUCAUGAUCGUCUGUUACACACGGAUCCUGGUGGAGAUAUCCAGUCGUAUGACCCAUGGAAACAUGUCUUCUAAGGAGAUACAUCUCAGACGCUCCCACAACAACAUUCCAAAAGCACGGAUGAGGACUUUGAAAAUGAGCAUUGUUAUCGUGACUUCCUUCAUCGUCUGCUGGACCCCUUACUACCUGUUGGGACUGUGGUACUGGUUCUUCCCAGACGAUAUGGAUGAGACGGUCUCUCAUUCUUUGACUCAUAUGCUCUUUAUUUUUGGCCUCUUCAAUGCCUGUUUGGACCCAAUAACUUACGGCCUGUUCACUAUCCAUUUCCGCCAUGGCCUGAAGCGCUACUGUCAGAGUGCAGUCGUGCUCAGCCGUGAGUCAGAGAACAACACUACCCUGACCAGCUCCUUCAGGUGCUCUUCCUUUCGCAUGACACGGCUUACCCAGCAAGGCCAGACCACCAACACUGGCCAGAUGGCAGAGGAGGAACAGGGCAAGAAACCCUGCCGCUAUAGCAACUACCUCACAGUUCACAGCAGUGGAGGUGACCCAUGUCCGGCCAAUCCUGAAAGCAUGAUAUGAGGGAUUAGUAUAAAUCCUACUUAAGAACAUUGUUUUACCCUCAUCUGUUGGCUGACAAUGAGUAACUUGAAUACUUUUGUGCUGUAAGAAAGCACAUUUAGCUUACAUUUGCAUUCAGCCAGACAUGAUUUUCACUUUAAGCCAUAAGACACUUAUCUGCAUAUUACUUCAAACAGUAGUACUCCCGUAGAGUGGUCUUUGGACUUGUCCUGGAAAAACAUUUUUCAUUCAAUAGAGCUGUACAGACCAAGUAUACCAGGAAAAACAAUAUAUCCAAUUUCCUCAAGAUGUGCGAAGGAGGAAGCCUAUAAAUGAAUUGCUCUUUCAUCUUGCAGGCAGAAAUGAUAUAUGCACUGUAAAAAGUGGGAUGACGCCGUUGUUUAUCUGAAGUGCUUUUACUGAUUGGAAUGAUUGAAAAUUAUGCUUUGGUUUGUUCAACCUAUUCUAUAAAAUCUGCCUGAGAAUUAUUUUUUUUUUAACAGAUCAAUUACGUUUUUUAAAUUGAAUGAAAGCUUCUAAAUUGCUUUCAACACUGCAUGCUCAUUGAAUAGUGGUGGGGGCAAUGUAGCAGCCACAGCCUAUCAGAAGAGGUGGAGGCGUGACUUAUUGGGAAGUGACUUUCAGGUUGCUGUUUUUUUCCCUCCUGUGAGAGUGAAUGUCAUUCCAGUUAAUGUGGUCUACUUUAGUCACUUGUACACUGCCAGCAUAUGUAAUGAUACUUGCUUAAGAGCAUGUGAUACUGAAAACCCUGGUAAGAUUUGUAUAUGUUAAGGUAGACCAUGCUUGUUUGCAAUAUUGUAGCUACGAAAUGUGAGUCUUUAUGUAAACAAUGGUUGCAAAGGUUUUGAACAAGCUUUUUUAUUUAUUUACAGGAAAUGUAUUUAAUUGCUUGUAACCCAGUUUGAAGAAAUGUGGAUAUGUAAUUCCAAAUUUAAAAUAUGAUAGGCUACAUGAAAUAUUAGUUUAUAUUUGUUAUUUAUUACUUUUAACAACCGUAUAGCAAAGUGUGAAUCUACCUUACAGAAAUAUGUAUAGUCUUGUUCUUUAGUAAUGUGUUACUUAUGAAAGUUAUGUCCAGUGCCUCAGGGAAAUCGCUGUAUAGUGUAUUGCAUUGACAUCAAACUGGAGACAACCAAACUGUAAAAUGUGAUUGGUUGGUUGGCUUGUCUCUAAAAAUAUAUUGUGUGCGUGUGUGUGUGUGUGUUAUACUUAUGGCCACAUGCUGUACAUGUUACAGUAGAAGACAAACAGAUACAGGUACUUUAAUGUUGAAUUUACUGGGACCCAAACAUGUUGCAGAAAACCCCCGAAGACGCACUUCGUUAACUAAUAUUCGGUUGUAUGCUUUUCUCUUAAAUGUUAGCUUGUGUUCAAAGAAAUAAGUUAAGGGGAUAGCUAUAU